CAACAAAACUGUGGCCACGCUGGAGACGAAUGCUAGCACCAGCAGCAGCUGUGACAACAGCACUGCCAGUCCUUCCGCCGACGUCCGAUUCGUGCCGCCCAGCAUACAGACCCUAACCGGUGUCCGACUGUACGCGCAGCAGAUGAAAGCUUGUCUGGUGAAGCGGCUGCAUUAUGUACAACGCAGCAAACGUGGUUGGUUCCUGGAGAUGGUCCUACCGGUCUGCACAAUCCUCAUACUCAUGGCAGUGACCUCGGGCUUUCACGUGGCCAGCGAACAGCCCAACAUGCCUCUUCAUCCCUGGCUCAUGGCUGAUCUGGGAACUCCACCACAAUUGGCCACAUUCUUUGCAACUAAUGUCUGGGCGAACGAGCUGACCACGCCAAACCACAGUGGUGGUCGUUUUCUGUGUGACCUGGAGGCAGUGGGGGGAUUUGAACCGCCGACCUGGCCGUUAGCGACUUCAGACCUUCUCUACAAUCUCACCGGUUACAACAUCUCUGACUACCUGCUGAAGACGCGCUCCAGUUUCAUCCUCAAACGCUACGGGGGCUUGGAAUUUGUCGCUGUACAGGAUCCUACUCAUAUUGGCGCAGCGCAUGCCUUUCUGUCCAAUCGGACGCUAAUCACCGGCCUCCUCGAGGAGAACUUUAACGACACCCAUUUCGCGAUCCUUGCAUCCACGCACCCAAUGGCGCCGCCAGAUGUGAAGCCCACAAAGCUGGAUAGACACCAUCUGCAGAGCAUAAUGAUUGAGCUGAUUAAGUCCAUGGGUACUAUCCUCGCGCUCUCCUACGUGCCCGCCAGCUUUGUCAUCUUCCUCAUUCGUGAGCGCUGUGUCGGCUCAAAGAGUCUGCAAUUCAUGUCGGGACUGAAUCGCACAAUAUACUGGCUCUCCGCGUACCUCUGGGAUGUCUGCAACUUCCUGGUGCCCGUCAUCAUCAUCAUCCUCAUAUUCCUCGCCUUUCACGAAGAGGCCUACGUGGGCGCGGACAGUGUGGGCGCUUUCAUC